AUGGGUGUGAUCCUGGAGUCGCGCAACGAUGCGCUUGACUACAACAACGCCUACACUGGCCAAGACCACCAGUCUGAGGGUGGCUCUAGCUGGCUGUUUGCCGUCACGGCCAUCUUCUUUGUGUCCUUCCUCGCUGUCGCCGCUCUGUCCUUCAAGCCUCGCAAUGGAGAGAGAAUCUUCCACUACCUCUUCACCAUUGCUCUUCUCACUGGCACGAUCGCCUACUUCUCCAUGGCUUCCGGCCUUGCCUACCGACUCAUCUCGCAGGCCAACUCGGACAACAAUGACAUUCGCCAAAUUUACUGGGGCAAGUACGCCUACUGGGCAGUAGCGUUCCCCGUUGUCAUCACGGCGCUCGACCUCCUGUCUGGCGUCUCCUGGGCCACCAUUGUCUACCACAUCGCACUGUCCUGGAUUUGGGUCGCCAGCUAUCUCUUCUGCGCCUUCACCGACACGCACUACAAAUGGGGCUUCUUCGUCUUCGGCACCUUGGCCUGGCUCCUGCUAUCUCUUAGCACCCUCACCAGUGGUCGCCGCGCGCGUCCCGUCUCGGUGUCAGCGGCCACUACUUUGCUCUCGCCGGGUUUCGUCAACUUUCUCUGGUUCCUCUACGUUCUCGCCUUCGCUCUUACGGAUGCAGGAUACCAGAUCCGUGUCCCCGGUACAAAUAUCUGGUUCGGUAUCCUCGAUCUGCUCCUGGUGCCUGUCCUUGCAUUUGCCUUCAUCUUCCUCAGCGGUCGUUGGGACUAUGGACGCCUGAACCUGCACUUCACUCAAUUCGGCCGCGUCCCUCAGCAACCUGGUACCUUCCCCGAGAAGGCAGCUCCUGGUGUCGGCGCCACUACCACGGGCCCUGCCGGCACUCCCGCUGGUGUCGGCUCUGGUGUUGGUCACCCUGGCGUUGGUAGCGACCCCGCCUACACUGGUAAUCACGGUACCAACGCGACCCCUGUUCAGCAGGCUGUCUAA